AUGAGCCGUCUGUUUCUCGCCUGGUCGCUUCUUUGCCUCGCAUUAGGUGAGUACCAAGUUUUUUGGGUUACUUUGACGAAUUCCUUAUGUUAUAUUCAUUUUUUCAUGGGUUAGAAACCCCAUACAAUUUACCUUGGUUGUAAGUGAUGCAAUGUCGCGGAAGGAAAUACACAGUUGUCAUUUUCCGGUACGGAUAUCCUGACUUGCGCUUUUCGAUAAGAUAUGACUACAAAACGUUAUUUUAUUUUGACACUAGCCACUUCAUCAAGAGCAUUGUCUAUAUGUAAUCCGUUAACUUGAUAUCCCAUGUCGUAAAUUAUAUCUUCAAACGAGCUGUGAUAGUUGCAAAAAUACUCGCCACAUGACGUAAUUAUCAAAUUUAAGAUAUCCUACUUGAAAUUAAGUUAGCCACGCUUUAUUAACUCCAAAUCUUUGAAAUAACUUUAAUUAAAAAGACAUUUUUGCAAAUCCCAUUUUUUCCCAGUGGAAAGGAAUAGCAAAAGUAGCAAACUCUUGCAAAGUUGACUAGUCGCGGGACUCGUAGCUCAGUGUGAUAAAACUGACGUUCACCCCAGGUCGCGGCAACCAGCAAUUUCGUCUUCAUACGACUGUUUACAUUUGCAGUCUAAAAUUCAAUCAAUUAUGUGUUUUCAGAUUUAGUUCAAUAGAUCGAGUUACAAGUUGUAAGAGUGUGAGACAUUUUCACGUAGCUGAAUUUUAUAACGCAACAGUUGCCUCAGCAGUGCUCUGCUUUUUAUAUUUGUAAGCUUCGUUUGUCUUCCUAACAUCUAAGUUCACAAACGGGAUUUGUUUUUUUUCAAACAGUUUUUAUUAUAGUAUUUCUUCCAGUCCUCCUAUCUGGGUCAGAUUAAACGAACCCCUCCUUGUUUUAUUCUCUCUCCUAAGCAUUAUGGAAAAAAUGGUAGUCUAUUGUAAAGGAAGCGACAUAAUGAUACAGUGGAAACUAAGAAUAAAGUCAUUACCUGAAUCUGAAACUGAGGAGACUAACAUACAGAAGAGCUUGCUUUAAAUGUGAUUUGUUUUUAUCUUGAAAUCAAAAAUGGCGUUAGAAACAAAAAAAUGUAAUUAGCGUGUGAAUAUCUCUUCUGUCUGAAAAUGGAACCGAACAUCCAAUCACGCGCUCCAUUACAAUCUCAGGGAAGUGAAAUAGUCAACUCCACACAGUAACGGAUCUAAAAACAAUCAAACUAAACUUCUUGAACUUGAAUAAAAGUGAUUUGUCAAAUAGGACACAACAGGUAGUUCUCGAUCGGGCAAUGUCUCAUCGCCCUGUUCCUCAGGGUUCUGUUAUUGGCCUCUCUGCCUUUUCGCCUGUCGAAUAGCUUUACCACAGGAGGAGAUGUGAUAUGCAUAACUUUAAAACCCUCUCAUAAAAAUAAUCUUAGAUAAGUAAGUAGUGCCAUGCCAGAGUGGGUUCCAUAGCUGUUGGCAAUCCAGGGGUUUCUUGACGCAAGACAAAACGUUGAAACAGGGGCAGGGGGAAGGAACUGGGAUUCAAACUAUAUUUUCCUCUGAGACUGAUCCAAAGACACUAUGCCUUCUGUGACUGACGAUCGCCAAGAAACGCCUGAAUUGCAGGCACGCAUUUCACGUUUAGCAUGACAACAGUUAAUACAAAACAGACUACAUUAGGCGACGUAACAUCUUGUUAUUUCAUUUUACAAGUCACUGACGCACAGCAAGCAGAACGGACAACCGGAAAUGACGUCACGGAGGAAGAGCCUCACCCCUAUACCAUUUCCUUCUUCCUGUUUCCCCAUAAGCAGACUGUUGAGUCGUCAGAAAGUAAAGGAAACAAGACUAGCCACAUCACCCAACAAGAUAAGAAAAAGCUAAAUAGCACUAAAGGUAACUAUCCCUGGUGUUUCUUAAAACAGGGGAAGCUGUUUUAGGGUUGUGAUACUCAAAUGCGCUAAACCUUAGAUUGGAAGAUCUGUGGUAAAGAUCUUUUCUUCACUGAAACUUGUAGUUCCUUUUCCCGUAUUAUAUUAUGUAUUCUACUCCUGAUAUGUGUUAGCUAUUGGUACAAAAUCUUCCCUAAAAUGCCCAUUUGAACUUCCAUGUAAAUAGGGCAGGCAAGAUAGUCGUUGUACCUUUAAAGUGUAAACUUGAGGCUUGUCCACACGUUUCUGGAUAUUUUUGAAAAGGAGUUUCUUCUCCAUUUUCGAAAAAUAUGCGUCCACACGUAGCGUAUUCGAAUCGUUUUUGCCCGUCCACACAAAACAUUGGCAUUGGCCUCGGCAUUGGCCGCGGUAUGAUGUGUGACACUCAUCGUUUUCGAAGACUUUCCUUUUCGUCCGUCCACGUGAACGAAAGACGCUCUUCAGAAUGGAGAGCGUUUUUGAAAAAAAAAAGUUUGUUUUUGUUGACGUUUUUAUCAGAUACGUGUGGAUGUUAAGCCAAACUGGAGAAAGAAAUCUCUGUUUUCAAACAUAAACGGCUACGUUUGGACGGCGCCUAAAUUGUCAGGAUGCUGGCUAUUUACUAGCUCGGCCGUGGAUGAUUUGUUUUGAAAAGACCAGCCGAAAACUUUAUAUAAUGAAUCCCAAAGUAAGUGUGAAGAGAAUUUUCAGUUGGAUUUUUGAAAAAUAUGCCAGGUUGUUAGCCAUGCAUAUUAGUUAACUAAAGCGCUAUAGUGUCUGUCAUAUUUUGCGUGGUUUGCCGAGCUGCUUUGGAGGAGUGGCAGUAUUCUGUCAGCAAUGAUCAUAAUUAUAGUUUUUGUCGCUGCUACGAUCCUUUAACUUUUUCAAUCAUUGUUAAAUGUCAGUCGGUCUCCGCAGCUGGCCAUAGCGUUGGCGUUUUUCACUCGAUUUUGAUGCGCAGCGUUACCUGUAGAGUGGUAGUGGUUCUUAGCCAUAAAACCGCGGUUUUGUAUGUCGGCAGCUGGGGCCCAACAUUUCUUAAUCAUGUGUUUUCAGCCAUUUUUAGUGGCCUGUAGUUUUUCUUGAUCGUUGCAUAUUCGUAACACUUAUUAUAUUUUGCAUUAUCCAAUCUGUCGGAGGUAAUGAUAUUGUGGCGUUCUUCUUUGUCCAUUGCUCGGCAGGGGAAGGGGGUGAGACUUUCAACAAAGUUUUAUACGAGGAAUGUCCACCCCAGAUCCAACCCCUUACUCUUUUAUAAACCAUUUUUGGCAGAAAAUGUAUUCCUUUCCGUAUACCUUCUAUUGGCAAAUGGUACCCCUUUCACACGUCUAGUUUAAAACACUGCAUCCCUUUUAACUACUGUAAAUUCGUUGUCUUGGAAGUUUUUUGACUUUUUCAGAGUCAUAUAAUACGUCCUUUCACGGACCACAAUGACAGAUUUCCCUACCCUUUCAUAUCUAUCUUUCAACCAAUCUCGUUCCCAGGGUUCUCUCUUACCUGAGAACGAGGUUGAUCCUUCAACUAGUGAAAUUCUUACCCUUAUACCUGAACUCUGAAAAAGGUACCUCCUCCUGGGGGUAGUCUCCCGUAUAGGCCAUUAUAGAGGGGUACCUCCCUAGGGUCCAUUGGAACAUUGUACUGAAUUUGUGUUCCCUUUGACUUACCACUUCUGCUGUUAUUAUCCAAGCAGUCGAAGGGAACCUGACCGAUUCCAAGGACGCGCCUCCUGAAGAUGACGUGGACUUGACGUACCAACAUGGUAGCGUCAACCAUCCAGCCCACGAAAUGUAUCCCAUGUGCCAUCACUGCCCUAAGAACUCCACCUACGAGGAAUGUACUCAUAAACGCACGCUGAAAAGAUGCGACAGUGGAUUAUCCAACAUCUGCUUCACCAAGAGCAUAAAGAGAGAUAACAUAGUUCACUAUAACAUGGGAUGUGCUAACCAUAAGCAGUGUCAAAGGGCUCGAGCCAAACCUUGCAAAGGUAAGCGGGUUAUUUAGUUUUUGAAUGAACUUUACGUGGUGUUUUAAUUUGCAGACUGAGGAGUGAAUACAAGAAUAUCGCUUCGCCACUGGAUUUAUAAGAUAAAUUAAGAAUCGACUGUAGUCACAAUAAUAGCUAACGAUAUUUCGACUAUGCGGUUCAAGUUUUGGAAAGUCUGGUCUUUGUCAAAAAGAAUAAAAAGCAAAAACAGAAACAAAAAAAAAAACAAAGAUAAAGUCAGAUAAGGGCCUCUUUCGGUUAUCCUGUUGUUCCACUGAAACAAGAAAGCAGUUUCAUUGUAUAAAUGAUUGUCGCCAAUAUGUGGCAAUUUCUGGUGACUAUCCAAACAACGUGAAUCAACUGUAGUUACGAUAGCUAACGAUAUUUCGACUGUCCGAUUCCAGACUUAAAAAGGCCUGGAGACAUUGCCAAAAAGGACUGUACAAGCACGGGAAAAGUCAAAUAAAGGCCUCUUGCGGUUACCCUGUCUGUCCACUGAAACGAGCUUUUCAAUGCUAGACUUUUCUGAGUUUUUCCUCAGGAGAUGGGGAAAAUCAAAGGGGAUUUAGGGGCAUGGUGUGUGUGUUUUUUUAAUGGAGCAUGGCCUCUUUACAUACUUUGUUGUUGGUCUGUUAUCUUCCCAUUUUCGUGGAGAACGUGGUCAAUGCACAGGAGAAAACCUAAAAAACACAUGUAAAGCAGUUACACAUGACAAGCUUUAGCUUUUAUGGGUGAAAUCCUGGUUAAUGUUGGUGUUGUUGUUCACUUUUUUGAAUUUGAAGAUUUUCGCGAAUAAAGAAAAAGUUCUCGCUGUACAAGCCCCGUGGCCCAACGGAUAAGGCAUCUGACUACGAAUCAGGGGAUUCCAGGUUCGAAUCCUGGCGGGGUCGGUUUUUUAGAAUCAUGCUUUCCUAUAGUUAUGCAAACCUGUAUCCCUAAUUUAAUUUUUUUCGGUUUAACUCAACUUUUUUUGUUACUAAUCGUUUCCUCCCUAAAAACUUACCUCGCUGUUUACUAUACGUAAAUAACAUUUGAUGUUAAAUUUAAAUCUAGGUCACCCACUUCAGAUAGCCUGAAUUUCAGAAGAUUACUUCGAGUCGCUUUUACUCCCUCAGUAGAGUAAAAACGACUCGAAGUCAUCGUCUCAAAUUCAGGCUAUCACUUCAGAUUGCUCCGUUUGAGCCCAGACUUUCAAAGUAAGGCCAAUUACAAGACCUUUUUUGUGGACAUGAGUUGAAUUGGCAGUAGAAGAAACGAGGAUUUUCCUGUUGAGGGCUAUGUAUACAUUUACUAUAAUCUCGUUCUAAACAGAGGAUUGAGACAACUUGGAAAUGGUUCGAUUCCUCAGUGAUAUCCCACAAUUCUGCCGGGGAGGGUGUUCUGACUACUGGGUACUAGCCUCGGAGAGUGUCAUCCUGAAAUGCAUGAUGGGUCGUUUUCUUAAGGCUCAGACACAUGUAACACGCAUCCUAAAUCUGCUACAUAGUAAUGAGCACUUGGAAAAUUCCGGCCCUGCCCGUGAUCCACAACCAGCCUGGGACAAUAUAAAGUAUAUCCUCCUAGGCACCUACAGCAAUCACUAAUCUUCUCCAAGAUCCUCACUAGUAAAAAUGGCACGUCAUUCUGAGAAAGUGGCCCUGGCUAAAGAACAUUUAUUAUUGUGAUUAAGAUAAUGAUUAUUAUUCCUAGCAGUAUAAAUUGCUUCUUGUACUCUCUAAGAACUGGGAACAUUCCCUGGUCCUGAGGUGUUAAAGGGGUAUUUUGUUUUACUGGAUGGAGAGAAAUCUUCUUUUUUGGUUAAUGUGCACCGUUCCCAAUAUGUUAAGCAGCUAAUUGAUGUCAAUGAAUCCAAUGAUCUUUCCUAAAUUCUGGUCCACUCCCUUGUUAAAAUAAGUCUCAACCCAGCGCAAUAACAAUGCUGAUUAUUAUUUAUCAUUAUAUGGCUACAAUAGUACGCGCGUUCUUAUCUAGACUUACCCUACUGUUUCUAACUCUUUAGCUCACAAGAAGCACUGUUUUACAUGUUGUCAAUGGAGUGGAUGUAACUCAAUGGCUCAUCAUGACGGCACUACUUCAUUUUCUUUCUGGAAUGCCGGUCACGUGGUCAAAAUAGGCUGGGGCGCAUUGGGUGUCAGCUUCUUAACAUUUAUUGCGAUGUUUUUCCUUUGA